AAAUUCGUACCAUCUUCUGCAAGUUAGCCGUUUAGUCUCGAUCGUUUUGUUCCAGUUUUCGACAGCCAGUGUAUACAGUUGGCCAGUUCGGGGCAUCAUAUCCCGCUGGUAUUUACAUGUCUUCAUCAGAAUUCGUGUCACAAAAUCUAGUCGGUCGUAUCAAAUCCUUCAGAUUCGUAUGAAAUCAACUCUGAACGAUUUUAUAUGUACAACCGAAUAGAUUUGAUAACAUACCUACUAUUGCUGACGACAAUAUGUAAAUGCAUAUCGGAUCAUCAAAGGAGCCAACUAAAGUUGUAAACUUCUUUUGCAUUUUGAUGUAUGUACUUUUUCUUGUCUUUUCAGUAAAAUUACAAAAGCGUUUCAUGACCUCACGGUGCAGAUGGAGCCCCGGCCAUUGGCAGACAGUGACGUCACGGUACAGACGGAGCCCCAGCCAUCGGCACACAGUGAUGCCACAGUGCUGAGAGAGGCGCUAAGGACCGUGACGACGUUCGACGCUCCGUCAGCCCUUGGCGAGGAUCAGCUGACGGCGCUCCUGCAGAGUCUUCCCCGCUUGGAGGAGCUGACCGUCAGGGUCCCGUCCUUCGGAACGGGGCGGUGGCUGCGGCUGCUGCCGACGUCACUGAGGACGCUAUACGUUGCCGGGCCGGAGGUGACGAAGCCGAGGUGGCCGGGACGGUACGGGAGUGGUCUGUCGGUAUCUCUCCAGGGGGUGGCUGCCGACACCAUCAGCCACUUGGCCACGGAGCUGGGGUCUCGGAUUACGCUACUAGACACAGAUGCACAAAUAACUACUAUCCCAAGUCAACUUCGUGGUGCCAUCAUCAGGGUGGACCCAAACACUGUCAUCCUUCCGGCCGGAGUCGGUGAGAGCGAGCUGACGGAGCUGCGGAGCUCACGGAAGACUGUGAAGCGGCUGUCAGUCACCGCCGCCGACCUCCCGCGACUGAGGGGGCAGCUGCCGAAGGGUCUCAGGCGCCUCAAUGUCAGAGGGCCGGAGGUGACGGAUCCGAGCUGGCCGGGAUGGUACAGGGAUGGUCUGUCAGUGUCCCUCCAGGGGGUGGCUGCCGACACCAUCAGUCACCUGGCUGACCUGGGACGGACGGUAUACAUCCUGGAGAUAUACGACUGUCCUGAUCUCACGGCCGGCAGCCUGGAGCCCCUCACCAGGUGCCCUGGGCUGCACUGGCUCACCCUGUCCGGCGGCGUCCCUGACACCGUGCUGGACAGUCUCAGCGGCUGCCCCGGGCUGGGGGUCCUAAGACUGGGGGACCGCCAGCGGCCGGCAGAGACGGCCUUCACAGCAGCAGCGGUCAGCAGACUGGUGAAGUCGUGUCGGAAGCUGUGCCAGCUGUACCUUCACUGCACGGCAGACACCGGCCGGGCCGUGCUGACCGCCCUGAAGGAGACGGACCUGGGCCGGGAGAGUGAUGGCUGGCCCCGUACCAUCGUUCUCCAUGUCCCCGGGCAGCUGUACGAUCAGCUGAAGAGCCAGAGAGGCGAUGGGGUCGGAGUGUGGGAGUGGGAGGAUUGGAUGAGCUGAACUACCGACCGUGCAGUGAUGAGCUGACUGCAGAGAGGCCGAGCCAGUCGGCCGGGGCCGCCAGCUGACUGCUGCCGUGUGUGCUGCACCAGCCGGCACUGAGAGCGGCGCCGGUCAGCCGGCACACGGCCCCGGUGUCCGCUCUAGUGUAGUCAUGUAGUUGUAGUAGUAGUAGUGUAAAUGUCGUAGAAGCACACGGAUGUGAUGUAGUGGGUAAUUACCCGGCUGGUAUUGUGGGUAAUUGGACGGGAGAUGUGAUGCAGUGGGUUAUUACCGGGCGGGUAUUGUGGGUAAUUGGACAGUGAAAAGUGGUGUGCUGGAGGGACUACCGAUCGUGGCAUUACGCUAUUCUGUAUGUAGAACACACGUCUCUGACCGUCCGACUCGGUUCACCGCGCCUGGUCCCGGCGGCACGGCCGGCCUCGGUCACGUGACCGUCCCCCGGUGGAGUCGGACGGCUCGGUCACGUGACCGUCCCCCCCGGGUCUGGCUGCACCUCGGCUCGGCGGUGCUGAGCGCCGUGCUGAGCGUGUUGUGACACGUCCCACACGGACAGCUCUACUCGACUACUGGCUAGCUGCCGUCCGAGCUGGCAGUAUACACGCGCAAGGCCCUAUAUACCAGGUAGGGUCGUCCGGCGAUUCUACCUUUUCGUGACGUCAGCUCGUGACGUCAUUUGGAGUCAAGUCUCGAAGCCCCGUUCAAUCCCCAUGUAAAUGAGCGAUUUUCGAAGCACUGUAGAAUGAAGUCUGCACAAGAUAUAUCAAACCUAAGCAUCUUAUCUGAAAGAGCAGACAAUUUUCUGCAAGUUAUCUAUUACGUGUUUUUCGCUAAAUCUUUUGCUUUUUUCACAAAAGCGUAAAAUGUCCCCCCAUGUCUCCGCAGCCUCCCUGCCGCCGGCCGCCGCGCGGUCGCGGUAGUGUAGUGGUUAGCGUGCCCGCGCAGUAUUCCAAAGGUCCCGAGUUCGAAUCUAUGCGGUGCGGAACUUUAAUUGCAAUUCCAAGCUGAAUAUACGCACAUCCAUAAAUAAUUAUUAUUCGUAUAGCUAAACUGUCACCAAGCUAUCCAUAUAAAUUGACUUCACCCAAAAUAUCGGCAAGAUUCUAUUAAAAUAUAAAUUCAAAUAUGGCGGCUUGGACUGCCGCGUGCGUUAGGCUCCGCCCAUAGCUCCGCCCACAUGCGUGACGUCAUUCGUGUUAGUGGACACACACGGAGAUAGGGGACGACAUGGGCCUGCACGCGGUGCCAGUUCAGUUGGUGACAUACCAGGGAAAUAAGCUAAAAUUAGAGCGCUCUAUUUGUUGCUCCUGCCCCAUGUUGAAGAGAUACCCCUAAAAGCGUGAUCUUUUAUCGGCCCUUACGCAGCAAGGCAGUACUUCUCAGACCGGUGGACGGUAUCAAUAGAAAGAGAAUGCGUCAAAGAUUAACAUGAAUUAAAGGGACCCUCCCACCUUCAAAAAAGUUAAUGAAUUGGCAUGAAAGUGAUGUCCCUUGGUUCAGAAAGAGCGAAAACGAAUAUCUACCAAAUUUCACCGAAAAAUAUUCACUGGUUUUCAAGAUAUUAGGCUUUUACUUUUGUUUACUUUUUGGGAUCUCCCCUGUUACUAGCGACUUUAUUUGGAAGCAAUAAUUUGGCAGCCUUAAAGUGCGGCAGACGUUGCGCGCAAAGCAGCAUAUACUACCACGUGUUAACGAUGGUUUUAGUCUAAGAUUUAAAAAUCGUUAGAUCUCCGCUGACGUCACAAAUUCUAAGGGGGCAUUCCAAUGCAUUAGCCCCUUAGAAUCCGAAAACUGCAAGUUUGAAAUUCCAUAUCUUCGAAUUAAAGCAUUUUUCGAUGUUGUGAGUGCCCAAACCGGUAUUUGCAGGCCAUGGCCACCAAUUUGGCUAUCUCAACUCAAAACUAAUGUUAAGGUGGGAGUGUCCCUUUAAUUGAAAUAACAUUAAAAUGUUAAUUGAGCGUGGAAAGUAGUCCCAAACAUAAGCUAAUUAUUGCUCCUACCUCGGCGACGGCGCUCCCCGAAGUCAGCGGAGAAGCUAAAAUAAAAGCCACGAUCCUCCUCCGUAAGUCAAUUUUAGAGCAGCCGAGUGGACCGAUGCGGGGCCACCAAACUGAGAUAAGACGUGGCUAGCAAUUGCAAACCGCCAUAGAAAUCAACAUCUUAAGACGUACAAUAUGGGAUGGUUACUCUGAAGCUGGAGUGAAAGCAUGAGUAGAUUGCAAGAAACGAAAUGCAUAGACUGGUUGAAUUAUGUACAAUAGGCACAGCUCAAUAGAUAAAGCCAUUUCUAUGAUGUUGACAUUUGACAUAACCCUUCCUCUACUCACCUACGACCUAAGUGCAUUGGCAGAACUGCCGGCAUAGUUUUUGACAAGGCCCUAUGUUUUUGAGCACGAGUGUAAUUCGCCAUCGGACCGCAAUGCAUGUUGCUAGGCUGCUGCAGUUACAACGAACAUACGAAUAGGUACUGCCUUCUUUUGUAGACGUUUGUUUUUUAGGCGGUCUUUGACGUACAAGGGGGCAUACCUGUCGACAACUUGAGUUUCUCCGAAUUUCAAAAACUCCCAGAAUUUCAAUUCCUUAUGCACUGUAGGUACAGCUAUGUUCACAAGUUUUCGUUUCCAGUUUCCUCCUGUUCUAAAAAGGAUGAUAUUUGUCGAUUUCGUGCGUCGCUGAUAGGAGGGUGCGUUUAAUAAUUAGGCCAACGCUUUCCGCAUCCGCGAGUACCUUCAAAAGGGAACAACAGUUUCCAUUUAUUGCACUAUGGGACAUGUGACAAAAUGAUCACUGGAACACGCAUGAAACAGAGCUCAUAUUCCUAAAAAUGUCUACAAACACUUCUUUUCUGACACUAUUAGCAAAUACCAUCUCAAGUUAGGUGGUUGACAGACAGUCAAUGGAGAUCUGGGGAGACUGAGUGAUGCCAAUUCACCACUUAACUGAUAAUGAGGGCUGAGGGGAGAGAAACAUGCAACAUGCACAACUGACAACUUGACAAGUGACAAAACACUACCACUAUUGCGCAGUACACAACAAAUUACAGCAGCCAGCCCAAAAAUGCUUUUGGUGGCUAAUUGCAAAACAAGUCACUAAUAAAUGUCUUAGUUGCAGCUGAACACUGCACAAUGAUCACACUGUUCACGCAUUGAGUGAGAUGCCACAGGUGGUUUGAAUCACACUUUGGUACAACUGCAAAUCUGAAGUGUUGUCAUGAGGUUCAUGCCUCCAUGAUCACAGCACUUUGGUUGUGGUUGGCAUAACACUUGUAGUCUGCAGAGUUCCACAUGAACUGCAGACACCUCAUCUGAUGGUCUUCAUGUUGCUCAACUUCUUCAGGAGGCAAAUGUCGACCACCCAGCGGAAGCAUGGUCCUGCAGAAAAGAAAGGUAAUGCAUAAGGUACAAACAUUAUCUGCUGAAACAGCCCCUUCUGUUGGCUGUUAUUAAACUUUUAACAUUACAUAACAACAUGUAUUCCAUGUAUAUUACAUUUGUUGAAGUAAAAUACUGCCGGCUAUUUUAAAACCAAAAAAUGAAAUUAUAUUGUGGCAUAAUUUACAUGCUCAGCUAUCAGCAUCAAAUCAUAAAUUAAUUUAAAAUUUGGCAUAUUCUAUAAAACACAUUCAUAGAAUAUUCUACUUCACGUCACAAGGACUCACAGUCUUUCUGUUGGGUGUUUGAUUGAAGUUUGUCUUAGGUUUUAUUAUUGCAAAAAAAAUCAUAUUGCAUUACUGUAUCAAAAUACUGCCAGCAAUAACAAAACAAGAACAUGAAAUGUCAAUGAGCAAGCCGCCUUUCCUAAAAAUGAGUUACUUUGAAAAGAAUUUGUUUCUUUUAAGGAAAAGGAGAAAUGAUUAUCAGGUAAUUAUCAGAAAACCACUCAACCAGUAAGUGGCUGGGUGGUUUCACAGCAAACAUCAAGCCAAAACACUUAUUUACAUUUAUCUAACAAUUGAGCCAUUUGACUACUACAAGGAUAUGUGAGCAAAAUAAGCAUCCAAUUAUCCAAUGUUGACUUCCUUGCAAAGUUUAUGCCUUAUUUUAUGAAAAUGUGUCACUAGAAUAUGAUACUUAUCAUCGAAUAUUAUUUAAUUUACGAUUUAUUUCGAUCGAAACGCACAUGGAGUUCCGCGCCAUUUUCGUCGACGAUGAAUAUGAUUGUGUUUCAUGAAGAGAUAUGGGGUUUCAAUGGUCUUUCAAAGCAAUAAUUUGAUGCAAAAUUUGGUAGGAAAUAAUAUAAAGCUGGUUCAAAUGGCCAUCAACCAUUUAAAACACCGAAAAUACUCACAACUCCGUCCCGACGACCACGCGGCACCGCGCACGCCACACAACUGGCACAAUGCCAAAACUGCUGUCACAGCAGAAAUGUUUUUUUUUUCUCGAUUGCAAUUGUGGAAUUAUUUAUUAAACAGAAGAUGAUCUUUCCGAAAAAGCGACUGAUUUUAUACACAGAUGCAUGGAAAAUAAAAAAAUCCCGGUAAGUUUAUUUGUAUUGUUUUGUCGAUUUUGACAUGCUCCUAGUUUGCAGCCAUGUUUCGAGAUGUUCUACAGGGAGUUCAGAAUUAUUUCAGGACCAAUCUUUUCCUCGUUCAUUUUACCGUCGAUCAUGAAAUUUUUAGAGCGGAACAAUUAGUUUCCAGGCGGUCCGAGCGGUUUUCGUGAGAAGGGUGCAAAAAUCGGCGUCAUUUUUAGAGCCUCGACACCAGCUCAACACAGGACCCUAUGGGAGACGGUGAAGUAGCGGAAGCAAUAAAUAGAGCGCUUAAAUUUUAGCUUAUUUCCCUGGUGUGUCGCCGACUGAGUUCAGACGGCGGCCGGCCGCGCCGCGCCCGCCCGCUCCGGUCCCGGCCGGCGGCCGUCACCCGGCCCGGGGCAUGUGACCGGUCAGUCAGCUGACCAUUGGUCAGUCAGCUGGUUGAUCCGUCAGCUGAUUGGUCAGUCAGCUGAUUGGUUAGUCAGCUGAUUGGUUCGUCAGGAGACGCUUCAGCUGUAAUAUAUGUAGCCUGGGGCAAUUAGUUACCGGGCGAGUAUUGUGGGUAAUUGGAUGAAGUGAUGCGAUGUAGUGGGUAAUUACCGGUCGGGUAUUGUGGAUAAUGUAACCCUGGGUAUGAUAUAGCCGGCUAUCCAACGGUCGGAUAUAGUCAGCUGGAUGCUACUGAAUUGUGUAGAGCUCUUACGGCACCGGUCAUAGCGAGUGUCCUCGCGUCUGUCCGACUCGGUUCACGGAAGCACGCCGUCACGGCCCGGGUGCGCGCCGCCAUGUUGUGUGUCCUCUGCUUCGUACAGGGGGGUAAUUGGGCUACCGACCGAUUGGGAGUCGGAGUCGGAGUCCGUGUCGAUCAAGCUGCCUUGACUCCGACUCCGGAACGGCUUUUUAGAUUUUAGUGAUCACUUGGCCAUGCUACUGAUAAUCGGCUGCGCUUUGACUAAUACAUUUUACACAUG